UUAUGCAAUUUCCAACAGGUUCAAUUUUCGUGCCGAGAGGUCAAAUGCGAUAAGGUGUGUUUAAUUGUUCUGAACUAUUGUAUUUUAAAUUUAAUGUAGUUAUCUGAUAUAUUGUCAACUAAUGUAUUUGUUUCAUGUUUGUAUUUGAAGCUAUACACUAGUAUGUGUGUCUGAAGAGUGUGAUUGGAAAUUUAGGGCAUCGAGCGUUGGUAAAUCAGAAAUGUUCAGGGUUAGGGAGUUUCGUGACAAGCAUACAUGUCCGCUAAAAGAUAAGGUGUAUUCACAACGCCAUGCGACAAGUUGGUUUAUAGGUGGAAUUGUAAAACCAAAAGUAGCCAACCAUAAGAGGAAAUACACACCUAAUGAUAUAGCGGAGGAUGUAAGAAAUGAUCUUGGAAUGGAUGUGUCCUAUAUGGUUGCUUGGCGGGCUAAGGAAAAAGCAAUGAAGGAUUUAAUGGGUGAACCAUCGGAUUCUUACAAAAAAUUACCUGGGUACCUAUACAUCUUAGAUAAAACGUAUCCAGGUUCACAUAUAAGAAUGCGAAAAUCUGACGAAAACGAGUUUCUGUAUCUGUUUAUAGCAUUGUAUGCAUUCAUCAAAGGGUUUGAUUGUUGUAGGCCAAUUGUUGUAGUUGACGGGAGCCACCUCAAAACAGCAUACAACGGAACGUUCGUUUCAGCAAGCACGUUAGACGGUGCAGGUAAUAUACUUCCUUUAGCAUAUGGUGUGAUAGAUUCAGAAAAUGACAGGUCUUGGACGUGGUUCUUUGAGCGAUUCAGGGAAGCGUAUGGUGUGAGAGAGAACAUGUGUAUUGUUUCCGAUAGGCAUGAAAGCAUAAACAAAUCUUUCUAG